AUGAACGGGGUCGGCAAUUCUGGAGCAAGACGGAAGGCCUGUGUUCGAUGCGUCAAGGCCAAAGCGAAAUGUUCCUUCAGUGGCGGGCAAGGUGUCUGUGACCGUUGUCGCAGGCUGAGACGGGAUUGUAUGCUCGAAGAAGCUCCCCGACGCCAGAAAGAGAAGCAAUCGACGAGAAUCAAAGCACUCGAAGAAAAGGUCAACGAUCUUCUGACAUUGCUCACUCCUGACAAGAAUGUUCUUGGAGAUACGAAUGUUACAACCAUAACUACUACGUCAGCCCCACUGGAACAAGUCAACAGUGACAAUGUCUCGUUCGCCUCGGCCACGAAGGCGCACAGCACCAAGACCUCUGCACCAUCAACCGCUGAAGAGAACCGACAAUUCGAUGUGAUCGAUAGGGGUGUGCUGACAAUGGCAACGGCCGAUACCCUCUUGAAGAAUUAUCAACAAGUUCACUCGCAGUUCUUUCCGUUCGUGAUAGUUGCUCCAGAGAUCGAUGCUGCUACUUUGCGGAGAGAUGCCCCUGUUCUUUUCCUGGCUAUCACGACGGCAUGUCUCGAAGAAGACCAUACGGUUCAAAGACGGCUUGGUGUCGAGCUGAAGAGGAUGCUCUGCGAGCGAAUCCUGAUCAGAAACGAGAGGAACAUCGAACUCUUACAAGCGCUGCUUGUUCACCUAAGCUGGAUCCAUUACCAUUUCCAUCCCAUGAACAACAAGCAGUCAUAUAUGCUUCUCCAAAUGGCGAUCGGCCUUGUCAUGGACCUGGAUCUUGACCGGUGCCCUGCGCAUCGUGAUCAGAGAGUGGGGAGUAAUUUCUGCAAAAUGAAUCCAGAAGCGAAGUUGCCAACACAAUGCCAGAGGACAACGGCUGAAACUCGCGCCCUUCUGGGUUGCUUUUACCUUUGUUCUUCCAUGGCAAUGACGCGCAAGGAACUCGUCAUGAGGCAUACCGAGUGGAUCGAACACUGCUGUCAUGUUCUUCAGGCCGCGCAGGAGACCGCCACGGACGCGUAUGCAAUAGCUUUCGUCAGCGCCAAACGCCUGACGCAACAGAUUACCGAGAGAUUCUCAUACGGCGACCACACCUUCAUCCGAUUCCAGAGUGAUGCUGUGAUACAGAUGUCCCUGAAUGGUUUCAAGAAGGAAAUUGCAGAGCUAGGAGCGAGCUCUUCAUUCUCGUCCGCACAGGCAAAUUACGUGCUGAUGGCUGAGUUGAGAGCUUUGCCAGUCGUAAUGCACGAGGUCGCAUUAUAUCGCGAUCCGGCAAUUGCAUCGCAGUCGACGAUUACCACCUCCCAUCUCUGGGAGCUGUUGACCUCGACUCGAUUCUUCUUGGACUAUUUCCUGAGCGUACCGACAGACGCGCUGAGACAUCUACCCGCCGCGUUCUUCAGCUUCUCCGCGUACGCGCUGAUCAUCCUGUCGACAAUUGCGCGCCUUCCCUCAACAAGCGGAUGGGACAGUUCGAUGGCCAAACGCGAGGCGGACGUCCUGAACAUCGCACAGCGUGUGAAAAUCAAAGUCGGCGACGAGCUCACCCGGACGGGCCACAGCGUGAGCACAGAAGAGAAAGACGUCUGGGCAUUCUUCGGACGAGGCAUGGGCGGCUUGAUGGCGUGGCACGAGAGGUGUGAGAAGGAGAGCGAAGGGACAGGAGCAGCAACAGGAGGUGGAGAGGGAGACUACGAGCUUCCAAUCAGCCAGUCAGGUGUACCCUUGACGACAAGGUGUGCUGUGGCAGACAUGAUGACUCCGUUCAACGCAUUGCGAUUCCGCAAACCCGUCCAUCCGAACACUGGUGGUGUUGCGACGAACGGGGCCCAAGGAGAGAAUCCCAAUGCUGCUUCAGGCGGAAGUGCAUUCAUCGGCGGCGGCGUGGGUGGUGGCGGCACUGGUGCCGCCGCUGAUGCCCAGCCGACAGACAUGGGGACCAGUUUCUGGGACGACGAGGUGUGGCAGUCCAUUAUAGAUGAGUUUUCAAUGUUCCCUACAACUGCCAGCUUCCCCACCGCACCAAGCGUGCAGCAUCAGGUGGAAAGAUUGCGUUGGUGA